UCCAAUUUUAUCAAGUUACGAGACAGACGCGUGUCUCAUAGUAAUAAUCUUUGUAUUAUAGAAAAAAAAUUGUUUAAUCUGUACCCUUGUGUUCUUCAGCCAUUGCUGUCAAAAAAGCGCGCGAAGUGUUUUAUUUUUUUUUUCGAGGUAUUUGGAGAGGCCUUGUGCGCGUGUUUUUUUUUUAGUUGACUGCAUUCGCAACCAUGCCUUCGGAGGUGAUCACAGACAAGUCCCUGCAGCGUGAACUAGCUGACUCCAUCAUACGAAUGGUACCCUUGGAUGAGAUAAGAAUCUUACUGGCAUGCGGUGCAAAGGUGAACGAACCAGUGACCCAGGGUCUACGGCCAUUACACUAUGCGAUAUGGCAGCGGUACCUGGAGGCAACUCGGCUGCUUCUCGUGCGUGGAUGUGAUAUUAACGCCACGGAUGAUUGUGGAUAUAGUGCAUUGCACUUGUCCGCUGAGCAUGGUUACACGGAAUUCGUCAAACUGUUACUCGAAAGCGGAGCGGCUGUGGACUACCGGCCGGAUACUGGUGAAGAGUUCCCGAGGACAACUCUGUGUGAUGAGCCACUCAGAUUGGCUAUACGGAAUAAGCACUAUGAUGUAGCCCGUCUCUUGCUAGAGCAUGGGGCGGAUCCCAACAAGCGUUACUUUUUCGGUGCCGAAAUCAACCUGGUCUCCGAGCCGGAGUAUCUCGAGCUUCUGCUCAUGUUCGGAGCCAACCCUGACUCCAGGGACAGAGCUGGUCUCACGCCGCUGAUGAAAGCGGCCAGGCAGCGGAAGGGUAUAGAGUCGGUGCUACUCCUCAUCAGUUAUGGUGCUGAUGUCAAUGCAAUUGCUGAUGCGAGAAAUGACUACAGAACCGUUAUGCACUAUGCCGUUUUAAGCGGUAACACUGACGUUGUGAAUCUAUUGAUUAAGCAAGGCGCUAGAGUCAAUUACGAAAGUCCAGACUUGAAUAAGCCUUCGCCUUUGGACCUAGCUAUCCUGAAGGGAGACGUGGAUAUGGUGCAGAUGCUGUUGACUGCUGGUGCGUGCGUGAAUGCCUCCAGCUCGGUUAUUGGCACGCCUCUGCACGUAGCUUGCUCCGACAACAUAACCAAUAGAAAGGAAAUUGUUAAAAUUCUUCUAAAAAGUGGAGCAGACCCCAACCAGAAGGUGUACAACGAAGACGAUGGUGCCCAGCUCCGACCAGCUCUCGCCGAGUACUUGGCCAGCAAUACUGACCCCGACGCUGAUAUCGUGUACGCGUUGCUGAGAAGCGGAGCCAGGGUGAUAAUGAAAACACAGUUCCGGGACCCCGACGGCAUUCUAAACCACCUUCAAAACGUAACGUUAGAAGAGUACCAGCACAUCUACUAUCUCCUUCUGCAAGCCGCCGAAUCAUUCGACCUCUGCAUGAUAAAAAGAAAUAAUAUUCUUAACCCAGUCCAAAAAGAAGCACUGAUAAAACGCGCGAAAAACCCCAUAACUCUAUUGGCGCAAGUCAGGAUUUUCCUUCGCAAAUAUUUCGGCACGAAAUUCGCGAAAGCCGUGAAAAGUAUGGAAGUGCCGACGAUUCUUCAUCGUUAUUUGCUUUUCGAAUGCCGUUAACGAGUCAGUUUUGACUUGUGGGUUCCAUUUUUGAAUUUCUUUUCCAUUGUUUGUGAUCGGGUUGCCAGUACGCGAUCUGUUUGCUUUAAGGGAAAUAAUGGAAUAAACUUUUAUUAAUAGGGUUGCUAGUGCGCGAUCGGUUUUUCUUAUUUACGUGAGGAAUGACGGUGUUGAUUUGACGUUAAAUAGCAAAACAUAUUUUUGUAAUAAUCUAUUUGUCUUGUUUUAUCAAGAAGCUUUACGUUUAAUGUAAAAUAAGGUGAUGAAUACGCAGUUUUCCUUUGUCUUUGGUAGUGGAAUUGCUAGAAUGCAAUCUAUUUACCUUACCUACGGAAAUUGUGUUCAUUUCACACUACAUGUUAUCUUUUACCUAAGUAUUUAUACUUAGUCGCGGACAUAUUUUAUUGUAUAAAAAAAACGUAAUUCAGAAACCGCUCACGUAUUGAAUCGUCUAGUCUUUUAUUGAGCAGUAAAACAGUAGGCUAUUGAAUAAAAAAAUAAGUGUGUUAGUUUUUAAUUUAUGAAUUUAAAAUCUGAUUUUUUGGCAUGGGGUUAGCCGUUUAAAACCCUAAACCCAAUUCGUCAAUAUUUAGAGCCUUUUACGCACGUGGAUCAGUGUCCCCUAGACACAUUGCGAUAAAUAAUUAUAAGACUUUUAUGUAUGUAUUUACUUCAAAAUAUGGAACAGGAAAUAAUAAUUAUAAUGCAUGUGUAGAAAUAGAAUUGUAGCUGAUUUAUAAUAACUAUUUCUUUUUUAUUAUUAAUUUAAUAUGUAUAUAUGCAAUUGAUUUGGAAAAAUAAAUGAAGUUAUCUCAUUUGACUUAUAGCUAUUUGUAAAAUAUUAUAGAUAAAGUAAAAUUUAUAUCCGUUUUUAAACGAUUUUAUUGCUUUUUGUCCAAUACGCAAAAUUUUAUGUUUUAUUCUUCGUUAAGUAUAAUUUUUAAUAUCUUUGCAAUACUUGUAUGAAUACAGUCGUAUAAAAUUUAUUGGAAUUGUAUCAAUAUCUUUUUAAGGUUAUAGUAUAUAGUCUAUAUAACUAUAUUAACUAUUUACUUCAAGUGUAAGCAAACAAAAAAAAA